UUCAAUCAAGGUUUUCCUCUCUCUUUCUGGUUGUUUUUACUUCAGAAUGCGCGGAAAUAUGCAGAAAUAUCGAAAACUGUCCAUUUCUCGUCUUCUUUGGAGCGACCUGACGGAAACUUCAGGGAGAAAUCCAGCGUCACGCCAUAAACAUAACUUACGUGUAUGUUUAUGAUAAAUGACCGGUGUUACGAUAGUUUCGAGUAGAUCAGCCAAUUUUAACAUGUUUCAAAUGACAGACAAGUAUAACGGUGUAUCGUCAGAGGAUUUUGGAUUGCCAAAAUUCUCAAGACUGAAGGUACAUUACUCGGAAUCUGGAUGAUAUCAGCACACGAUUUAAGAGAUCCGAUCUCAUGCAUAUCAGCUGCAGAAAACACUGGAGACAUAAGUGAAACGCAUCCUGCGUCUUCCACCGUCUAUGAAUCACCAAUUGCGUCUGGCAAACCACGACAAAGUCCUUCCCCAAUUUGUUGGAGUCAAACAUCGCAGAAGCGCAAUAGUUACGUGACAGCGAUAAGCACUUCGGAAAUAAACCUCGAGUGCCUAACUAGCAGUGAAAACCCUUCGACGAUGGAAGAAAUUCUUUUACAAGACAUGGGCGGUCAAGGUCGAUGGGGAUCGUUAAGUAAACGAGAAUUGUUGAAUAAGAAAAUUGAUUACGUGUUAGUUUAUUCUGAACCUGAGUUGGAGAAGAGAAAUGAAGAGGAAGAAAGAGAAAAAGCGGAGAUGAGAGAAAAAUAUGAAGAGAAUCUGAAAAAGCAAGGCUUGAUGAUAGAACAUGUAACAUCUACCGAACAGGAAAACCUUUUGUUCGUUCUUAUUCACGCUCCUUGGGACGUUCUUGCCAAGUGCGCAGAGGAAAUGAUGAUUCGGGUCCCUGUUCGCGAGCCUGAAAGGCCAACACACCUCAAGUCUUCGAAAAAGAGUAAAUGGAUUCAAAAGGCUAAAAAUGUUCUGAAUAUUUUCCAACUUCAAGAUCGUUCUCUCAUGAAGCCUGAUCGCCAAGUAACAGCGUUUUUUAGUCGGGCAAAGUCAGACUGUUUCCUUAUCGAAGACAAGGAAACGUUUUUUUCUGACAUUGACCGAAGCCGCAUGACGCAUCGCUUGCUACUCUCGACGAAAUAUUCGUCUGAAAUGGACGACUUCGGAAUCUCUCGUCUACUGCACAAAGGGGUCUACGAAUGCGCAUAUCCUUUGCACGAAGAUCUUCGGAUAGAGAGGGAAGACAAUCUUCCGACAAACGAACGUCAACGAUUAUGUCAAAACUGGGCGUCUUUUAGUCAGUGGUACAAAUUCCAGCCCCUGAAUGCGGUAAAGAAUUACUUUGGGACUCGAGUAGCGUUGUAUUUUGCUUGGUUAGGAACAUACAACUUCAUGCUUGUCAUUGCUGCCUUAGUCGGCUUAUGUUGCUUCAUAGCUGGUCUUAUAACAAUGGAAACAUUUCAACCUGUAAAAGAUAUAUGUGAUGAGAGGAACUCCGAUUUGUUUUACAUGUGUCCGCUUUGCGACAAAGAUUGCAGUUACUGGACCCUCACAACGAGUUGUGAUUACGCUACAGUAUCGCAUCUGUUUGACCACGAAGGAACGGUGUUCUUUGCCGUUUUUAUUUCUUUCUGGGCAACCGUGUUUCUGGAGAUGUGGCGGAGACGCGAAAUAAGCCUAGCUCACGAAUGGGACAUGUUGCAUUUUGAAGAACAAUUUGAACCGCCAAGGCCAGCGUUUGUUACCAAAGCCAAAAACAAGCGACCCAAUCCUGUGACGGGUAGAUUGGAGCCCUAUAUUCCUUUUUCGUUGCGUGUAGGGAGAUUCACUUGCGGUUUUAUGGUAGUUUCGUUCAUGGUCUUGCUCGUAAUUGCUACUUUAGUUGGAGUUGUCAUUUACAGAGCAGCCAUGGUCGCUGUUUUGUCCGCCUUCCCGGACGAAGACAUACAAAAAGGCGCGCGAAUUAUAACCUCUCUGACAGCCUCUGUUCUUAAUCUUGUCGCCAUUACUGUGCUGGGAGUUGUGUAUGAGAAAAUAGCGAUUGCGCUCACAGAAUGGGAGUCCCCCCGGACCAGAACAGAGUAUCAUAACAUUUUAACCCUGAAGCUAUUUUCUUUCCAGUUUGUAAACAUGUACUCGUCGCUGUUUUAUAUAGCGUUCUUCAAAUGCGGUCACAUCGUAGGAUAUCCUGGGAACUACAAUCGAAUCGGUGGGGGACGAAUGGAAGGAUGUGAUCCGUCGGGAUGUUUCAUUGAGUUGUGUAUUCAGUUAGCUGUUAUCAUGGUUGGCAAGCAGUUCAUUAAUUCCAUUUCCAAGUUUGCUAUUCCAUCUAUAGUGCGUUGGUGGUACGGACGAAAGGAAAAAGAAUCAAAUGCACAUCCUGAACAAUGGGAGAAAGAUUAUUUUAUUAAUAGUGAACCAGAGUUGAGAAUGUUCUACGAAUACCACGACAUGGCGAUCCAGUUUGGUUUUGUGACCAUGUUCGUAGCCGCGUUUCCGCUGGCUCCUUUGUUUGCACUCAUCAACAACAUCCUGGAACUUCGCAUUGAUGCCAUAAACUUCGUGAUUAACUUCCGCCGACCAGUGGCAGAGCGGGCUCAGGGGAUUGGAGUCUGGUUCGGAAUUCUUCGCACCAUGAGCUGGUUUGCCGUAGUUGUGAACUCUUUUGUGAUCGCCUUUACAUCAGAAUUUAUUCCAAGGGAAGUUUACAAAUACGCAUACAGCUCCGAUGGAAGUUUAACCGGUUAUGUCAAUAACAGCUUGUCUUACUUCAACAUCAAAGACUUCAGUGAUAUGGCUUUACCACGAGAUCCUUUCAAAAACUUACCGUAUAACAAAUCCUACUGUAGGUACAAAGAGUAUUUUGACCCACAAGAGCCAUACGAUUUCAACCGCCAAUAUUUCUUCGUACUCGCUGUCCGUUUAGCCUUCGUCAUCAUCUUCCAAUAUUUCGUGUUCUUCAUCGUUAGUCUCUUGGGUUGGUUCAUUCCUGAUAUCCCCCGCAAACUUGAAGUGAAGAUAAAGCGCGAGAGUUACGUCGCCAAGCAGUGCUUAACUCGAAGCGAGGCUGAAGCUUCGCGUGACCUGGACGCACGUGUGUCGCACACUGACGGUUCUACAAACUCUCUUUACAUGUCGUGCGAGAAUGUAAACAGAUCGAGAAAAUCUAGUAGUGUUGCAGGUGGAAGCAGAUUUGGCAUCAAUAGAGUAUGACCACAAUAUACAGCCGUGAAGGAUGGAAUGAGAAGAUUGGUUUACCUCUGAAUCUCGUUUGGGCUUUGUCCUUUGAACUUUAAUUUUAAUUUGGUUUAGGACGAGUCGAAACUUAUAUUCUGUUUGGCGUAGUUUGUAUAAUGUCUUUAAGGUGUUCCCUCUUUCUUUUGGUUUUAUGAGUCCCCAUUUUUCUUGGAACAGACUCAUUAGAGACUUUUUGUGGCUUGUGUUCUAACUGAAUUCAAUUAAUAAAUGGAAGUGAAUCGACGAACUGCA